UUCAAGAUGGCGUCGCAGUACUACCAAGAGAUGCAGGAGAGCUUCAGAAAUAACAGCAAAAGUCGGGAAUUUCCGGCUCACACAGCCAAAGUCCACUCGGUGGCGUGGAGCUGUGACGGCAGGAGACUCGCCUCCGGUUCUUUUGACAAGACAGCCAGCGUUUUUGUCCUCGAAAAGGACCGUUUGGUGAAAGAGAACAACUACAGAGGUCACGGUGACAGCGUCGAUCAGCUCUGUUGGCAUCCAACCAACCCAGAUCUGUUUGUCACAGCGUCCGGAGACAAGACUAUUCGCAUAUGGGAUGUCCGCACUACCAAAUGCAUCGCCACUGUCAACACAAAAGGUGAGAACAUCAACAUCUGCUGGAGCCCCGACGGUCAGACCAUCGCCGUGGGGAACAAAGAUGAUGUAGUGACAUUCAUCGAUGCCAAGACACAUCGCUCUAAAGCAGAGGAGCAGUUCAAGUUCGAGGUGAACGAGAUCUCCUGGAACAACGACAACGACAUGUUCUUCCUCACGAAUGGCAAUGGCUGUAUCAAUAUUCUGAGCUAUCCAGAGCUGAAGCCCAUACAGUCCAUCAACGCUCACCCAUCCAACUGCAUCUGCAUCAAGUUCGACCCCACAGGGAAGUACUUCGCCACAGGCAGUGCUGACGCCCUGGUCAGCCUGUGGGACGUGGAGGAGCUGGUGUGUGUCCGCUGCUUCUCCAGGCUGGACUGGCCGGUGAGGACCCUGAGCUUCAGUCAUGACGGGAAGAUGUUGGCCUCUGCCUCUGAGGAUCACUUCAUAGACAUUGCUGAGGUGGAAACAGGGGAGAAGCUGUGGGAGGUUCAGUGUGAUUCUCCAACCUUCACAGUCGCCUGGCACCCGAAGAGGCCCUUGCUGGCCUACGCCUGCGACGACAAGGAAGGCAAGUACGACAACAACCGAGAGGCGGGCACAGUCAAACUCUUCGGCCUCCCCAACGACUCCUGAGGCGGAUCGGCUGUGGUUUUAUUCAGUGUUAAAAACCAAGAGAGAGCAAAGCAAAGGAAACGUCUCAAGGAAAGAACAGAAACCCUGUACAGCCCAGAUGAAGCUCCGGUUGCUGCUUUGCAUUUCGGCUGCAGCUCCUAAGCACCAGUAACCUCCGGCCACCAGCAGAUGGUGCAGCUGUCCACACUUUCCCUUUAAAACAGCCGACACCAUUUCCUGUUUUUGUACACAGGUUAACACAUAUUUCUCAGUGCUGUAAGAUAUUGUUUUUAUGUAGAAUACCGUGUUUUUUAAAUAAUAAAAUUGGUCUGUUUGUACA